AAAAAGCAGUUUGGACUACCCGAUAUUAUUGGCCCCAAUGUAACAUUUCUUUUUUUUUUUUUCUUUUACAUUAGUUGCUAUGGCUUCGUUUCCAGAUAACGAUUUGCAGACAUGCCCCCUUUGCAAGGAAAUGUGCGGCUCCUCUGCACCGAUCUCCUCCAAUUCAUCUACCUCAUCUUCCUCAUCUCAGACCUCUAGCUCUUCUACCUCAUCCUCUAGGAGGCUCCACGUCCUGCCCUGCCUUCAUGCCUUCUGCAGGCAGUGCCUGGAAGGGCAGCGGAGCCCCGGGGACCCUCUCAAACUCAAAUGCCCGACGUGUGACCAAAAGGUCUCCAUCUCCGAAUCUGGAGUGGAAGCCUUGCCAUCCUCCAAUUUCCUUUUCAACAAUCUCUUGGACGUGGUGGUGUCCUCUGAAGAACAGAACAAGAACGGCUGCCGGAGUAACAAACACUCUCACGGCCUGCUCGGGACCCACCACCUCAGGGAGGCACAGUGCAGCUCAUGCGAUGAAGGCAACCCCGCUACCUCACAUUGCCUAGAUUGUCAGGAGUACCUCUGCGAUAAUUGCGUCCGGGCUCACCAGCGAGUUCGACUAACCAAAGACCACUUCAUUGAAAGGUUUAUAGAUAGCUUGCAAAUGGCGAGCAGGAACAGUAACUCAAAUAAUGCCGCUAUAACCCUUUCCCAGUCCUUCCAUUCUACUUACCCACUGAUGCCAGUCUUUCAUGACCGGACGAGCUUCUGCCAGCAGCAUGAUAAUGAGGUGUUUCGUUUCUUUUGUGACACAUGCUCGGUGCCUAUCUGUCGGGAGUGCAGUGUAGGGAGACACGUGGGCCACAGUUUCAUCUACCUCCAAGAUGCCGUCCAGGACUCGAGGGCCAUUACCAUCCAGCUGCUGGCAGACGCACAGCAGGGACGCCAGGCUGUGCAGCUGAGUAUUGAGAAGGCUCAAGCUAUAGCCGAACAGGUUGAGAUCAAGGCCAAGGUUGUGCAAACCGAGGUGAAAGCUGUCACUUUGAGACAUAAGAAGGCCCUGGAGGAACGAGAAUGUGAGCUUCUCUGGAAGGUGGAGAAGAUUCGCCAGGUGAAAGCCAAGUCCCUCUACCUGCAGGUGGAGAAGCUGCACCAGAACCUCAACAAGCUGGACAGCACCAUCAAUGUGGUUCAGCAGGUGAUAGAGGAGGGCAGGAACAUGGACAUCCUGCUGGCCCGGGAGCGCAUGCUGACCCAGAUCCAGGAGCUCAAGGCCCUGCGGGGAGUCCUGCAGCCACAGGAGGAUGACCGCAUCAUGUUUACCCCACCUGACCAUGCCCUCUUCAUUGCACUCAAGUCAAUGGGGCUGAUCAGCAGCGGCGCCUUCGCCCCAGUGACCAAAGCAACUGGCGAGGGCUUAAAGAGGGCUCUGCAGGGCAAGAUGGCGUCCUUCACCGUGGUGGGCUAUGAUCACGAUGGUGAGCCCAGACUCUCUGGCGGUGAUGUCAUCUCUGCAGUGGCCAUGGGCCCAGACGGCAACCUGUUUGGGGCAGAGGUAACUGACCACCAGAGCGGCACCUACACUGUCAACUACUUGCCCAAGCUAGAGGGUGAGCACCUUAUCUCUGUUCUCAUUUGCAACCAGCACAUCGAGGGCAGCCCAUUCAAGGUGCUGGUCAAAUCAGGUCGCAGCUAUGUGGUGGUGGGGCUGCCGAUGGCCUCAUUUGGAGGUGAGGGAGAUGGAGAUGGCAAGCUGUGCCGACCCUGGGGCAUCUGUGUAGACAAGGAGGGUUACAUUGUGGUGGCCGAUCGCAGCAACAACCGCGUUCAGAUCUUCAAGCCCUGUGGUGCCUUCCUUCACAAGUUUGGGACCCUGGGCUCAAGAGCUGGCCAGUUUGACCGACCUGCUGGCGUGGCCUGCGACAGCCAGAGGAGAAUUAUUGUGGCUGACAAGGACAAUCACCGCAUUCAGGUCUUCACAUUUGAGGGACAGUUUCUCUUCAAGUUUGGGGAGAAGGGCACCAAGAAUGGGCAGUUCAACUACCCCUGGGAUGUUGCUGUCAACCCUGAAGGCAAGAUCCUUGUUUCUGACACCCGCAACCACCGCAUCCAGCUGUUCGGGCCUGAUGGAGCCUUCCUGAAUAAGUAUGGCUUUGAGGGUGCCCUCUGGAAGCACUUUGACUCUCCUAGGGGAGUGGCUUUCAACCACGAGGGCCACCUAGUGGUGACAGACUUCAACAAUCACCGGCUGCUUGUCAUCAAGCCCGACUGCCAGUCUGCCCGCUUUCUGGGUUCAGAGGGCACGGGCAACGGGCAGUUCCUGCGGCCGCAGGGGGUUGCUGUGGACCAGGAGGGGCGCAUUGUGGUUGCUGACUCCCGUAACCACAGGGUCCAGGUCUUCGAACCCAAUGGUAACUUCUUAUGCAAGUUCGGGAAUCAAGGUAAUGGCUUCGGGCAGAUGGACCGCCCAUCGGGUAUAGCCAUUACUCCUGACGGAAUGAUUGUGGUUGUCGACUUUGGAAACAAUCGAAUCCUAGUUUUCUGAAAACCGCUUUCUGUUUUGUAAUGUAAAAAAAAAAAAGAGAGAAAAAAGAGAUUUUAAGAUAUACAGUAUUGUUUGAUGGGGGCAGUCAUUUAAGCAAGGGUUGCUGUAGGUUUAAACUGGUGUUCCACUGAUGGAUAUGGCACUCCAUCAGUCUGAACAACUGAUCUUGUUGAUGUUCUUUGUAGCAGUUGAAUGUGUGUGUUGAGUUGAGGAAUUUUUCUUAGCUGAAACUAGAGAACAGUUGACUAGAAGCAGUCAGUAGGUCAAGUUAUUUUAAUAAAGCAGAAUAGAGUGGUCUUGGAUCUAUUUGUCCCAUGUAGACCCUCUGGUUAUAGCUGUUAGAAACAUAAACCUAAACUGGAGAAUAUAAUUUACUCUCCAACCUAAAUCACAGCAUAAUAUGAAGAUGUGCUUAUUAUCAGGUAUAUAAAAAAGCAGCAGUGAGAAUAUUUGCCAAACUGCUUGGCUGCUAGAGCACCAUCCUCUGUAGUCUUGACUGGCCUUGCCCUUCAUGUAUGUCUUAAACUCCCUUUUGUUAAUCAUCUCAGGGAAUUUCUUUGCAUUCUUGGAAUGUUUUACACUCUGCAUCAUACCUACCUCAUCUUGUUCACAUAUGAAUGUACUUGUGUUUGUUGUGCAGAGAUGUAGUCCGUAAAGAUUUAUAAGAAAAAAAUGUCUACCUCAAUGUUUUUUUUGGUUUUUUUUAUUUGAGAGAGAAAAAAAGAAACAAAGUGCUGUUUAUAUUUGCACAGCUCGCACACAUUUUCUAAAGUUACCGUGCACAUUAAGCAAUUUAAAAUACUCGGUGUUGCUGAGACAAUGUUCAGAUACACGGGUUACAUGUUAAUUGUAGGAAGUGUGGAGACAUCUGUUUUUGGUUUUGCUUUUUGUUAGCUUGUUUACUACCAAAAGAUGAUUACCCUCUUGGUUACUGUGGCAAGUCAGCUUCAUAACUUAGUGAGUUAAAACCAAACCGCCCGAAACUUUCAGACUUUAAUCACAGUCUGUUCUGUGACUUACAAACAAGAAAAGAAAAGCCUUUGGCUUUUUUCAAAUGUUAUGCCAGAAAUAAGAUCGAUAGUUCCCACUGGUGUAAGCUGGACUGAAUACCUUGUGAAAACUGGUUGGCAUCUGAGAAGUAAUGCUAGCAUAACAGAGCAUGUACAUGCAGGCUGAUUGAAAAUAUAAAAAAAAAAAAAAAAGUGUGCGCAAAGAGAAAAAGAACUGGAUUAAUGUUAGCGUUUGGGGCAUUAAUAAUAUUAAUAAUUUAAUUAACACGACAGUAUGUUGUCAUAUAUGCAGUGUUUGCAAAGA